AUGGGCUUAGUCUUCCGAACGGCAACUCAGUCGGCUGCGCUCCUGCUCUCCCUGCUGGGAUGGGCUUUAUCCUGCCUCACAAACUACUUGCCACACUGGAAGAACCUCAACCUGGAGCUGAACGAGAUGGAAAACUGGACCAUGGGGCUCUGGAAAUCCUGCGUCAUCCAGGAGGAAGUCGGGAGGCAAUGCAAGGACUUUGACUCCUUCCUGGCCUUGCCAGCCGAACUGCAGAUCUCCAGGAUCCUGAUGUCCCUGUCCAAUGGGCUGGGGCUGCUGGGCUUGCUGGCCUCUGGCUGUGGCCUGGACUGUCUGAGGCUCGGAGAGACCCGGAAGGGUCUGAAGAGGCGACUGCUCAUCCUGGGAGGGACCCUGCUCUGGACCUCUGGUGUGAUGGUCCUGGUUCCUGUCUCCUGGGUGGCCCACAUGACCGUGCGGGAGUUCUGGGAUGAGACUGUGCCUGAGAUUGUGCCCAGGUGGGAGUUCGGGGAGGCCCUGUUCCUGGGCUGGUUUGCUGGUUUCUGCCUGGUGCUUGGAGGAUGUGUGCUUCACUGUGCAGCCUGCUGGAGGCCGGCUCCUCCAGCCUCGGGCCACUAUGCAGUGGCGGGACUAGGAGACCACCAGCAGCAUCUGGAGCUGAAACAAGCCAACCCAGAAAUCUAAGCCCGAGGGAUCAGUGGCAUCUCUGAUCUCACUCAGCUGGACUUGGUAGGCUCUCCUGCUAUAAUCACCGCUACUCACUGUGCUUUUGAUUUCUCUGAAAUGCAUACUUCCCUCCUGUGGCUAUCAUCCUCUUCAAAUACAAGUUCUCUCUACAACCGGGUAAAGAGCUUCUACUUCCUAUUCGGAGGCCAAGUGAGUCAGGACCUAUGGAUGGAGUCUGUCGCUACUGGGCAGA